UAUUCAGGUAAAGGUUUGUACUGGCUACGCCAUUAACUAUGCCAUUUGUCUCUUUAUGACUCUUAUGGUAUUUAAAUGUAUAGGGUCCUUAAUAGUGGAUAUUUAUAAGUUAAUUAGUCUACUUAUAUAGUACAACCUGUAUAUAAUAAUACAAUUUUGAAUAUUUCGCACGACCAGAGUUUUCAAGCAGAAUCAAAAACAAUCAUGGAGAGGAGGUGAAGAUUCUACAUGAUCAAUUGAUGAUCCCAUUAAUCAAUCAACCAAAGUUAAACGUGUUGACAUCAUAAGGAAGAUCGUAUAUUCAAAGUAUCACUGGUGUCGAUUAUUGCAGAUCCUUCCUUUCAUUCCUAAAUUAAUUGUUUCCCUAUAAGACACCCUCAAUACUUAGAUUGACAGCAUAGUCAUACGUCUACGACAAUGUCAUUCAAUAUAGAUAUAGAUGAAGCUGAUGUGGCAGUUCUAAAUCAGAACUUGAACAAAUCAAAAGACUUAUUUGUAUCCAUUUCCAAAUCACUUCAUACCAUAUCCACCAAAUCCAUCAAUGCAUCCAAUAAUAUAAAACCAAUCUUACAAGAUGUUAAUAAAUUAACUAAUAAUAAAAACCAAGUGGAUCGUGGUUUAAGCAUAUUAACAGAAGUAAGUGAAAGUGCUAAGAUCAUUAAUAACUAUGAAAGUAUCCUAAGUCAAUCAAUUGAACAUAUUGGCUUGAAAAGUUAUGUUGACACAUUAUAUAAAUCAAAGUCUUUAUUAGCUAAAUUACAAGGCAAAUUUAAACGAUUUAGAGGUAUCAUUAAUAAUUUCACUAAUACUAUUGAUAAAGCUGAUUUAAAAUUACAAAAUUAUUAUCAAGGAUUAUUAAAUCAAGGAUCAGAUGUGUUAUUAAGUAGUCCUUCUAAAAUUCAAGAUAUAAAAAGUAUCAUGGCAUUAUAUCAUAAAGAACAAGAUUCAGUUCAACAUAUUUCAUAUAGUAAAAUUCGAAGUGCAAUAGUAGUGGAAAGUUUACGAUCGUUAAAGAAUGCGAGUGAACCACAAGAUAGACCGGAUAAUGUACCUUAUGAAAAGGGUAGUAAUGGUAUAGCCGUAUUUGUGGAUGGGUUUAUAAGUAUGAUUGAUAAUGAAACUAAAUUACUGUAUGAAUUGGAACUUCCAGGUGAUAAUUUAAUAAGUUUAACGGAAAAAUCGUUAGAUGAACUUGUUAAUAAUUCAUAUUUAAUCUUAUUAACUCAAUUUUUUAAUCUUAAAAAUCCCACAAAAUUACUUAAUAAUGAUACUUUAUUAUUUGAAAUUCUUGAACAUUUAUUAAGAUUGAAAACAAGUUUGAAGUUGAUAGUGGGAGAUUUAGCCCUUGAGACUUAUGAAUAUAAAUUAAAUGCAUUCAUGAUCCAAUACCAUGUCAUGUUCCUUGAAUACUUCAAGUUAAUCGACUAUAAAAUAUUAUCAACCAAUGUACAAAGUGAAGCGGUUGUGGUGGAAUUAAUGUCAAGAGUAAGAAAAAUCUCCGAAUAUAAAACUUCAUUAUUAGCAUUGGUAUCACAAUGUAAAUUAGGUGAUUGGGUAACGAAAAGUCCCCCAUUUCAAUUCAUUAGUGUUUGUCAUUCGCUGAUUCCAAAUAUUACCAAUGAUAAUAGUCCUGAAUAUUUAUUAACAUCUUUAUUAUCCGAUAUGAUCAAUGCUAUCAUUAUCGAUAUUGAAAUUAGAAUGUCACAACCAUCCAAUAGUAGUUCGGCCAGUAUUCAUUCUAAAAAAUCAUCAUCUGAAGGUUUCUCAUUAUUGAAAUAUUUAGAUAUUAUUGAAACCAUUAUAGGACAUGCUCCUUCAUUACAUUCUGCAUUAGGAAGUUUAGGAUUAGAAAGAUUAGAAAAAUUAAAAAAGAGAUUUGUUAAAUUUGUCCUUGAAGAUUGGAAUACAGCUUCAUUCUUAUUAAUCAAUGAAAUGAAUACCAUCACCAAAAGUCAAGCUCAUAACAUGACUUCUAAUGCUGGUACUUCUUCUCCAAGAUCAAGUACUGCUACUUCAUCCAUUGCAUCUACAGCCAAUAUCGGUAAACAUUUAACUAGUAAAGAAAAAGAUAUGGUUAAGGAUAUGUUUAAACAUUUCAAUGAAGCCUUUGAAGAAGCAUUAAAGAAUUAUGAGAAAUUUAAUAUUACUGAUCCUCAAUUAAGAAAUUAUUUAGGUAAUGAAAUUAAAAAAUUAGUCAGUAAUACUUAUUUUAAAGUUUAUGAUAGUUUUAUUAAUACUGAUUUUGCUAAGAAUAAAACUAAGUAUAUCAAAUAUGAUAAAGUUCAAUUCUUAAAGAUUUUAAAUGAUAGAUUAUAGUUUUAUAUAUUUUGAACAUAUAUAGAAGACAA